AUGUCUCUUUUAAAUAAAGUUUUACGCUCCAAGCUCGUUAGCACUACUGCUGACAUUGAAGUUCAGCGUCAAGAUCCAAAUUCUCCGUUAUAUUCCGUAAAAUCUUUUGAGGAAUUAAAUUUGGCAGAAGCUGUUCUGAAGGGUGUAUACGGCAUGGGCUUCAACACUCCAUCCAAAAUUCAAGAAACCGCUUUGCCACUCCUUUUAGGAGCCAAGCCGUCGAAUAUGAUUGCACAAUCACAGUCGGGAACAGGAAAGACUGCCGCAUUUGCCCUUUGCUUGUCACCAACGUUAGAAUUAGCACAGCAAACGGGUAAAGUUUGUAAACAAAUGAGUAAAUUCUUAGAUAUUAAAAUAGCAAUGGCGACCAGAGGAGAAGAGCAUGGUAGACGAAGGGAAAAGAAGGUAGAGCAAAUCAUUAUUGGUACUCCGGGUACAAUUUUGGACUGGAUUAGACUGAAAUUAUUUGAUCCUAGCAAGUUGGGUAUAUUUGUUUUGGACGAAGCGGAUGUAAUGAUUGAUACACAAGGCCACCGUGAUCAAUCAAUCAAGGUGCACAGGCACUUGAAGAAAAGUGCUCAAUUUCUCUUGUUCUCCGCGACGUACGAAGAUCGUGUCAUGAAAUUUGCAGAAUCCAUCGUUCCAAAUCCCGUUAUUAUCAGAUUAAAACGUAGUGAAGAAAGCUUAAGCAACAUUAAACAAUUUUAUAUUCGGUGUCAAGACCGACAAGAAAAAUUCGAAGCACUAUCUAAUAUCUAUGGAACUAUUAGCAUCGGCCAAGCCAUGGUCUUUUGUCAUACUAAAAAAUCUGCGCAAUGGUUAGCUAUGAAGAUGAAAGAAGAUGGUCACGCUGUGGCUUUGUUAACGGGAGACAAUUCUCCUGAAGAGCGUAUGUUUGUCAUUGAUAGGUACAGAAGUGGAAAAGAAAAACUUUUAGUAACAACUAACGUAUGUGCUCGUGGUAUUGAUGUGGAGCAAGUGUCUGUUGUCAUCAAUUACGAUGUGCCUCUUGAUGGCCGUGGAAUCCCUGAUUGCGAGACUUAUUUACAUCGUAUUGGUAGAACUGGUCGUUUUGGAAAGAAAGGUAUUGCUAUUAAUUUCGUGGAUUCUGACCGAUCUUUCAAUAAUUUAAAGUCGAUAGAGAAACAUUUUGGUCGAAAGAUUAAUCAGAUUAUAGCAGACGACCCUGACCAGUUGGAACAAUUAGCUGAUUGA